AUGGGAAAAGCAAGCAUCCUCUCUCCUGUUACUGUAUUAUUGUUGGUUCAUUCAUGUAUAGCGUGGUUGGUUUCUUCUUCAUCUUCAAACACCACUGAUCAGUCGGCUUUGUUGGCCUUCAAAGCCAGGAUAACUUUGGAUCCUGAUAACACUCUGGCCACUAAUUGGACCAUUGGGUCUUCCUUCUGCAAUUGGAUAGGUGUCAGAUGCAGCAGUCGUAGGCAAAGAGUGACCAGCUUGGUUCUUUCUAACAUGGGUCUCAAAGGCACCAUCGAGCCACAGCUGAGCAACCUUUCCUUCCUCCAGGUACUUGACCUCAGCAACAACAGUUUCCAUGGCCAACUUCCAUAUGGACUCGGCCAUUUGCAUCGCUUGAAGUAUCUGCAUCUUGAGUACAAUCAGUUUACAGGAAAUGUGCCAAGAGAGCUAGGUAUGCUCUCUAAGCUCCUUUGGCUGUCUCUUCAUAAUAAUAGUCUUAGCGGUGCUAUCCCACCUUCCAUUGGGAACAUAUCAAUGUUAGCAGCUCUUGAAUUGAGUUCAGACAACCUAGCUGGGCCUAUACCAAAGGAGCUUGGCAAUCUAGUUAAUUUACAGCUACUGUCGUUGGAACAUAACCAACUAACAGGUGUCAUUCCUUCUACCAUAUUUAACAUUUCUGUCUUGCGUUACCUUUUGCUUCAAGAUAACAGCAUAUCUGGUAGUCUACCUAUGGACAUUGGACGUCAACUUCCUGAGCUUCAAUGGCUUCUUCUUUUUAAGAAUCAAUUUAGUGGCUACAUCCCAUCCAGUUUAUGUCAAUGUGGAAAGCUUUUGAAAAUAUCAUUAGGACGCAACAACUUCAUCGGAGGUCUACCCAGAGAAAUUGGGAAUUUGUCUAACCUUGUAGGACUAUAUGUUCACCACAAUGCUUUGACAGGUACUAUUCCACCAUCUAUCGGUAAUCUUUCAAACCUAUUAGAACUUGACAUGGGAAACAAUAACUUUGUGGGUGUCAUUCCUAAAGAAAUAGGGCACCUGGAGAAUUUGCGAUUCAUGAGUUUCCAGGACAAUAAUCUUAAGGGGUCAGUACCAGAGGAGAUUUUCAAUAUAUCCACUCUUGGAGUAAUGGCUCUCACGGAUAACAGUUUCUCUGGGAAUCUUCCAGCAGGUAUUGGUAAUUGGCUCCCCAGGAUUACAAUCUUGUAUUUAGGUAACAACCACUUUAGUGGAAAGUUCCCAGCUUCUAUUUCAAAUGCUUCGCAGCUGACUUCUCUAGAGCUAGCCAACAAUUCUUUCUCUGGACCAAUACCUACAUCGAUAGGAAAUUUGCGAAACCUCCAAAUUCUCAAUCUGGCGGGUAAUCUACUAGAGGAUCAACCUAACACCCAGGAAAUUGUAUUUCUCACCUCCUUGACCAACUGCAGAUUUUUGGAACAGAUUGAAAUAGAUUCGAAUCCACUGAAUGGCUUCUUGCCAGAUUCAAUUGGAAAUCUCUCCACUUCUCUUACCAUUUUCACGGGAGCCUCAUGUCAGAUAAGAGGCAACAUACCUAAAGGACUUGGUAACUUGAGUAAUAUAAUCACAUUGAAUCUUGGUAGUAAUGAACUCAGCGGAACCAUUCCAUCAACAAUUGGAGGGUUAGGGAAGCUUCAAAGGUUAUAUCUAGGUCAUAACAAAAUACAUGGAUCCAUUGGCAAUGAUCUUUGCUCUUUGAACCAGUUGGGGGAACUGUAUCUUCAUGGAAAUAACUUGUCUGGACAGCUACCAAACUGCAUUGGGAAUCUUAGUAGGCUAGAAGUCCUUGACUUAAGCUCCAAUAUACUUACAUCUCACAUACCUUUAAGCCUAUGGAGUCUUUCAGACCUUUUGACUUUGAACUUGUCUCAUAAUUCUCUAUAUGAUAAUCUUCCUCAAGAAGUAGGAGACAUGGAUUUUUUAGAGUUACUUGAUAUGUCCUGGAACCAUUUAUCAGGUAACAUUUCAAGUACCAUCGGUGGCCUCCAAAGAUUAAAAUAUCUCAUUUUAUCAAGAAAUUCAUUGCAAGGUUCUCUUCCACAGUCCUUCGGUAAUUUGUUGAGCUUGAUAUCCAUGGAUCUCUCUUUCAAUAAUCUGUCAGGAAACAUACCCAAGUCAUUAGAGAAACUCCCAUUUCUCAGCUUUUUGAAUCUAUCAUAUAAUAAGUUUGAAGGGGAAAUUCCAAGCAGAGGACCUUUUGUGAAUUUCACAGCACAAUCUUUCAUGGGGAAUGAAGCACUCUGUGGCUUGUCAAAACUAAGAGUUCCACCCUGUCCCCCUAAGGCUACAAAAUCAAGAACAAAGUUUCUUCAGCUUAAAUAUAUUCUUCCCACUUGUAUAUCCAUUGUGAUCCUUGCUGUUCUCAUAUCUCUACUAGUACUGAGGUAUCGACUGAAAGGAAAGCAUGCUCCAGUACAAGUUAAUUCGUUAACUGAAGUGAAUUAUAGAAUGAUCACAUAUCAGGAGCUUCUUCGAGGGACUAAUAACUUCCACAACGCAAAUUUGCUUGGAGUAGGGAGUUUCAGUUCUGUAUACAAAGCAACAUUGUCUGAUGGGAUGGUUGUUGCUGUGAAAGUUUUUGAUUCGCAUCUUGAGGGGGCAUUUAAGAGUUUUGAUGCAGAAUGUCAAGUGAUGCGCAGUGUUCGACACAGAAAUCUAGUCAAAAUCAUCAGUUCUUGCUCUAACCUUGAUUUUAGAUCUUUAAUUAUGCAGUUUAUGCCAAAUGGGAGCCUUGAAACAUGGAUACAUUCUCAGAACUAUUUUUUGAGUCUCCUCCAAAGAAUAAACAUUAUGAUAGAUGUUGCCUCAGCGCUGGAAUAUCUUCACUACUGCUAUUCAGAACCCAUUGUGCACUGUGAUCUGAAGCCAAGCAAUGUCCUCCUUGAUGAAGACAUGGUCGCACAUGUGAGUGACUUUGGCAUUACAAAGAUAUUAGCUGAGAAGAAGAAUGCCACACAAACCAAGACAUUGGGCACCAUAGGCUACAUUGCACCUGAAUAUGGAUCAGAAGGAAGAGUUUCCAGGAGCUGUGAUGUUUAUAGCUAUGGAAUCAUGCUUAUGGAAAUUUUUACCAGAAAGAAGCCUACAGAUGAGAUGUUUGUUGGAGAGUUGAAUCUAAGAACGUGGGUGAAUGCAUCACUUCCUAAUGCAGUUAUGAAGAUAGUGGAUGAAAUCCUUUUGAGUGAAGAUGAAUCAGAUUUAAACCUGAAACAACAAGUUCUCUUUUCCAUCAUGGAAUUAGCUCUUGACUGUACGAUGGAGUCAGCAGAUGAAAGGCUCAACAUAAAUGAAGUGAAUGUUAGACUCCGUAAGAUCAGGAAGCAACUCGAAAGUCGGAGUUCUUAAACACUAAGUUACUAAUCAUACAAUAAUUAAGAAUCUCCAUGUCUUUUGGUUGGAAUAUCACUGGAUUCUACUUGGAAAUGUAGUUUUGGUUUUUGUUAUUC